AUGGAUCCCCCACCCACUGCACCACCCAUGGCUCAGCCGUAUUCCCCAGGGCAAGCGAUGUAUCCACCGGCAUACCCCCCGGGUCAGUAUCCAGUGGUAACUCAACAACCGGCACCGUAUGCAGAACAGACUAGCAACACCACUGUAGUGUUGAGUCAACAACAAGUAGUGCUGCAACAGGCACAACGGAAUUGGAGCACUGGACUGUGUGGUUGCUUUGAGGACUGUGGCUCUCGUAAGUAUUCUUUAAGCGGCACUCAAAUGAGUUAAUGUGGCGUUGAUAAAAGUAACUAAUUCACAUUCGCAUAAAAGCCACCCCAUACCUUUUGAUGGAUAAGUUAUGGGUGAAAAACUUUGCAUAGGGCAUAUACUGUGGGCUGAUAGAGAAAAUUUACCCGAGCCGCUGAAGGGGAGGAGGGUGGGGAAACUUGCUUGUCCAUUGUACAGUAGACUUGCGAGAAGACAGCGAAUUCAACAACACCAAAUGCUUUAUUUGCACGACCAUAAAGGAAUUACAGUGUUGCAAAAGCUAUUAGUCUAAAUUUAAGUACUAAUUCAGCUAAUUAGUACGUGCAAAACAUUACAGUUCUCAUUCAUUCAUUCAUUCAUUCAUUGAUAUUAAUUUGGUUCUUAAUUCAAAGCAUUGCUAGAUAAAUGAAACUAAUUGACAGUUAAUUAAAUAAUCAGAAGAAUUGAUAAGAAGAGAUAUUAAAGUAUCUUGUGAAAGUGAUUUGAAGUCAGGUAUUUUAGUUUCUAGUUUGGAGAAAAAUAUGUCUCUGAUCUGAGAAUAAGCCUCACAAUCUAGUAAAUUUUCAUCUUCAAUUUUGUUACUUGUACAAAAGUAACAUAUCCUUUCAUUGCGAGGGAUUUUUUCGUAACUACCUGUUUCAACUCUAAGUUGAUGACUACUUAUUCUAAAUCUAACUAAUGCUUUUCUCGAAGGGUUUUUUUUGGAAUUUGUUUGCUAGAGCGUAUAAAAGGCCUAGGCAAUUUCCCUUGGGACCGUAAAGGACCAAUAGACUGCUUUACAAGGGAGCACGCAGUAAUCUAGUUGAUUUUAAAAUCGUCAAGCGGCGGCUUUUACACGAAUGAGAAUAGUUAUAACUUUAUUUAUGAAGUGUUAGUAUUUCUUGCUCGAAUGUACUCAUUGAGGGCAGUAUUCAGUCACGUAUCACGCCUAAUGGAUACGGCUCCGCCAUUUUUACGUGGUUAUCAAUACCUUCUUACUCAGUUUUCUUAAGACCCCAGACCCCAAGUAUUGGUCCGGAUCCGGAAAUCGAAUCCGCGACUUCCCGCUCUGCAAAAAAACGCUCUUCCACCUGAGCUAACCCAGCCACGUGUAUUUUAUUUUGUUUGUGUUUCAAGUGUGUAUGGGCUUUUUCUGUCCUUUCUUCCUGCUAUUUGAUGUUUCGUCCAGGAUGGGCGAAGGAUGUUGCUUUCCUUGCUGUUGCCCAGGUGCACUGUUGGGACUCAGGAUCAAGCUGAGAGUGCAGGAGAAUAUUCAGGUAUUCGACAGGCAUUAAGAGCUUAAAAAACAACCUCGUUCUAGUAUGGUCGUAAAGCACAUCCUUUAUACUUUGUUGUGUGAAAAUGUUUUCCGCGGCCCGCAAAAAGUGUCCCGUAGAGAAACGGAAACGUGAAGACCAUUUUGCCACCUAAAUCAAUUUACGGGGCAACAUGUUACCCUACAUACCUACGCAAACAAUUUAAAAAUUGCUCUGGAAAACCUUCCACAUGUUUCUUACCGCUUGAAUAUCGGAUAAUAGACACAUAUGUAACUGUUACCUUUUGAUUUAUAUCUCAUUGUACCGAAUAAGUGCUAAAAACGCUUUCAUUGCACACUCGUGUAUGUCAACACCGAGUUAAUAUUAUCAAAGCAACCAUUUCAGCUUCGGUUCGUUCCACAACGGAGAUUCUAUUUUUCAAAGUCUAUAUUUAGACUUAAUUUAGACUAUAUUUAGCCACUACUGCAAAAUUGUGGCAGUAUAACUUUUCUUUAAUAUAUAUUUGUUAAUUAUGGCCUCGACCAAACCUUUAGACUUAAAAAGAACCUCUUUCACUUUGAAAGGAGGUAAUGAGGGCCAAUUUUCGUGAAGAAACCAAAAACUAGUUAUUAAGUUUUUCACCUUUUUUUGUAUCAACGGACAGAGUUCUCUAUAAGAGAAUAAAGAAACAAUACCAAAAAGUUGCGUCUACAACUGCAAUGAUGGUUUUUCAUUUAAUUCUUCACCCCACAUUUCUUGUAUGUGAUUUUCAUAUAAUCAUUAUUUUAAUACCAAAAACAGGAUAAUUCACCCAUGACUGACUUCAUUUCAUCCAAUUGCAGGGCUCCCUUUUUGACGAUUAUUGUGUGGUUCAGUGUUGUCCACUUUGUGUUCUCUGUCAGCUGGCCCGUGAACUUAAUCAUGUGCAACGCCGCGGUUAA